UUGCCCUUCUAAAAAAAAGAAAUUGUGCUUUCUCUAUUUGAUAUUUAUGGGUUUUGCUAGUUGAUCAAGAACUGUUAAAAUGGUUACUUUUGAUUUAGGGUUGUUGCAUUUGGUGAUCUAAAUUUUCACCUUUAUUCCAUUAUUUGUAUAACUUAAGAGUAUAUGAGGCUAAAAAGUUACUGCCUUUCUUUUGUAUUCCCUUUAAUGGAAGCAAUUUAGUGGGAUUUCUUGCUUAAAUAGCGCAAAAAAGGUUUCUUGUAAGUUGCCAUCUGACCCUUUUUGAGUUUCUGUAAUUCUUUUGAAAGUACCCUAAACUGAUCCUAAAUUUAUGGGAUUUUUGGAGGUCAAAUUGGGAGAUUACUUGGUAAGCCUUGUCAGUUGCAUUGGGUUUCUGAUUGCACCAUUUUCUGAUUUGAUGGGGACAAAAAAAAUAUCCAAUUUUUGUAUAAGCUGUUUUAAAGCAAUACUUCCUCCGUUUUAAUUUGUCUAGCCAUGUUUGACUGAGCUUGGAGUUUAAGAAAGAAAAAGAGACUUUUGAGACUUGUGGUCUUUCACAUGCCAUGAGAUUUGCAACAAUUUAAAAGCACGCGAUUAAAAGUAAAAUGAGAAGUUUGAAGUUGAAGUGUUUUAAAAAAUAGAAAGGUAACAAUUCUUUUUGGAACAGAAAAAUAGUGCCACUUAAAAUGGAACAGAGGGAGGGAGUAGACUGCAUCAUGAUUCAUGAAUAGUAGGACGCCUUAUGAUUUAUGAAUGAGCAUGAUGUGGUGUACUUGGGUGGUAGAGCUAAGCAAUGGGGUAAAACAUUCAGCUCCUGCCAAGUGGAGUGGCUUGAAGGCAAAAGCCAUCUAAUCUCGUCCAGAAUUGCAUGGUCUGAGUCUUACUGGAGGAGUUUUCCUCGUUUCCUCCCAUGUGUGAAAAUAAAAGUUGAAAGGUAUGUAAAGGAAGCAGAUGAGAUCCGCCGUGCUAUGCUGCCUGUGGAGCUAAUUAAAAGAGUGAAGGAAAUACAGAAAGAAGGAUAUGUCGAACCAGAUCCUGUCCAACAGAAGGAUGCAAAACAGACUGCUGCAGUAGACCUCAUAUCUAGACUGAACAAUUAUCGCUCAUAUUCUGAUUCAGGCAGCGUGAAAGUUUUGGAAGAAUGGCGUAAGCGAAAGAUGGAAAGAGCCAGACAACGUGAACUUGAAAAGAAUGGAACCACCAUUUAACAGUCAUAAAUCUUUGAUGGGGUUAAAAACAUGGGGUCAUUUGAUCGUUACAGCUCGUAUUAUCAGGCCAGUCUGACAGUGUAUGUAUGCUAUCAUUGAUUUGUAAUUUUGUAUAUUGUCCUGUAUCCAGAUCUGCAUCACUCAACAAUCUUAUGCUAACAUGUAAAGUUUCUCCCUGUAUUAUGAUCUCCUAGACUUGGAAUUUGGAUAGUGUGGAUGUUUCUCUUUUGCUAAA